CAUCACCAUUUUAUUUUUUUCACAGUUUCACAUUUUUCACAUUUUUUUGUAUAUUUGUAAAAUAUUAAAUUGUUAUAAUGUAAUGUAGUAAAUAGUUAAAACGAUGUUAAGAUGUGGAAAUGCUGUGAUUUAUCGCAAUUUUUUGAUUCUACCCAAAAUCUCACAAAUUAACACAAACUUGUUAAAUAUUUCAAAUAUUACAAAUUUUACCUCUUUUUACCAAAUUAACAAUGUAAAAUUACUAAUUAGUGGAAUAAAUUAUGUGAAAUCAUUUUCAACUUCUAGCACUGUGACGAGAGAUUCCAAUGUGUAUAACAUUGAGAGAAUAAGAAACAUUGGCAUUAGUGCGCACAUUGACUCUGGGAAGACUACGUUGACUGAGCGGAUCCUGUUUUACGCUGGGAAAAUCGACUCAAUCCACGAGGUCAGAGGCACUGACGGCGUCGGAGCCAAGAUGGAUUCCAUGGAUUUAGAACGCGAAAAAGGCAUCACCAUACAAUCCGCCGUCACCAACAUCUCAUGGAAUACUGAUAUCUCAUGGAACACUAAUACCCCCUGGAAUACUAAUGUCACUGGUGUACAGAGAUUACAAAACUCUCAUAGUGUUGGAGUAUCCGAUCCUGUGGAUUACAGUAUAAACAUAAUUGACACGCCUGGUCAUGUGGAUUUUACUAUAGAAGUUGAAAGGUCACUGAGGGUGUUGGAUUCUGCAGUGUUGUUGGUAUGUUCAGUCUCCGGUGUCCAGUCCCAGACUGUCACGGUAUUCCGUCAAAUGGACCGCUAUAACAUUCCGCGUAUUAUAUUCCUGAAUAAGCUUGACAGAGAAGGUGCCAGUGUGGAUCGUAGUAUCCAAAUGCUCCAGCGUAAACUCGGAGUUAAUCUUCUGCAACUACAAAUUCCCAUAGGAAUUGGGCCUAAACUUGAGGGGAUCAUCGAUUUAGUUGAGAUGAAAGCGUAUUAUUUCAGGGGCCAAUACGGUGAAAAAUUAGUCUCCCAACCCGUACCUGAAAACAUGCUAAAAGAAGCUGAAAAGUUAAAUUUUGAGCUUUUGGAAAAGAUCGCAGAUCAUGACAACGAAUUUGCACAAAAAUAUUUGGAAUCCAAUUAUAACAGUGGUGACAUUAUCAAUAGUAUACGCAGGCUGACAAUGUCACAUGUGAUGUAUCCGUUGCUAAUGGGCAGUGCAAAGGGUAACAAAGGCGUGCAAUUAUUAUUGAAUUCAAUUUGUUAUUACUUACCCUCGCCUAAAAAUUGCAUCACACAGCUGUACAAAUAUGUAAAUUCCGGUGAAAACAGUUCUGAGUCGGAUGAGAUGAAUAAAAUUGAGUUAAAACCUGAGGAUAAAGGAUUAGUUGGUUACAUUUUUAAAAUUGUCGAUACUUAUCUGGGACAAUUAUCUUACAUACGAAUCUACAAAGGAGUAUUGAGGCGUGGACUAUCGGUGUUAGUGGUGGAAGAGGACAAGCGUGUGACGUUGAAGAAGUUAUACAAAGUCCAUUCCGACGAGGUGUUAGAAGUUUCAGAGGCUAGAGAGGGUGAAAUUGUGGCAAUCUCAGGGCUAAAAUGUCCUUCUGGAGUUACAGUUACUGAUGGCAGACAAGUAACAAUGAAGCCAAUGCAUGUACCGGAACCUGUGGUCUCAAUGGCUUUAAAAAAUGUUAACAGGAGCGACUCUGUUAAACUUGCUAAAGCUCUUAACAGAUUCCAAAAAGAAGACCCAACCUUUAAAAUCAACAUCGAUGAAGAAUCUAAAGAAACUAUUCUCUCAGGUAUGGGUGAAUUACAUUUGAAUAUAUAUUUGGAGCGUAUGAAGCGGGAAUAUGGCUUAACUAUAGAGGUUGGCGAACCUAUAGUAAAUUACAGAGAAACUAUAACUCGCCGGGCCGAGUUUAAUUAUACGCAUAAAAGACAAUCUGGCGGUGUUGGACAAUACGCCAAAGUCAUUGGAUACAUCGAACCAAUCGCCGAUAAUCCCAACCAACAUCUCAACAUACAAUUCAUAAAUCAAUUCAUUGGUAAUGAGAUAAAACCGAAUUACAUAGUGAGUAUUGAGAAUGGGUUUAAGGAGAGUUGUCGGCGUGGUUUAUUAUGUGGCAGGCCAGUGGUUAAUACGAGGUUUGUACUAACUGAUGGCGCGUCACAUGACGUUGAUUCUUCUGAUUUAGCCUUUAAACUUGCCACUUACGGCGCUUUCGAAUUGGCGUAUUCACAGGCUGAAGCUAUAAUUCUUGAGCCUGUGAUGUCAGUGGAAGUCACAGCGCCUCAGGAAUUUCAGUCCCAGACCCUCUCAACACUGACGAAACGAAAGGGAAUCAUUACAAACACAAAUAUCAUUGGCGAAACCGUCACCAUCAAUGCCAACGUACCACUCAAACACAUGUUCGGAUACAUCACAGACCUCAGAUCCGCCACCAAAGGUCAAGGUGAGUAUAGUAUGGAAUUUAAGUAUUAUGAGCAAAUGUCGAAAAAUGACCAGGAAGAAGAAAAUAAAAAAUAUCUCCAAUCAGCUAAAAAAAAUUAAUAUUCCUUUCCAAACACCAUAAUCUGGAAUCUUCC